AUGGAGGUGUCGUCUACAGAGGAGAGCGCACUGGCCGCAGCGCUUCGUGUCGCAUCGUGUCACAGCAGCACGAGCAGCACGACGACCGGUAGCAGCAGUAGCAGUAGCAACCGCGACACGACCGCUGCCGCAACGAGUCCGUCGGGUCGCCGAGAAAGCCACGAGAGCGACACGAAGACGGGGAAAAGUGUCGGCGUCGUAGCGCCUCUGGACACGGAGCUGGACGCAAACCCUUGUGCUCAAGAGGUGGAGCUGACGGAGCAAGAGACGGUGCAGGUGACGUCGUCGACGUUUGGGACGCCGUCGAUAACGGCCUUUUCGACCCCUCGAGAAGAAAACGCGGCGCCCACGACACCUGUUGGCGAACCUAUCGAACAGACUUUUCCAGGACCGACCGACGGAGCUGAAGCUAUAGACGGAAAGAGCGAUACGCCACGAGAGGAAAAGGAAGAAGCGACAGCAGCGGCGGGGGACGCAGCGACGCAGCGGAAGUCAGUCGUUAUGCAGCAAGCGGAGAAGAGCGUUUGCUACGAGGAGCAGUCGCCAUCGGUGGUGACUGGUGCAGUGGCUGGAGCGGCUACUGAAGAGAAGAGUGAGGAGGUGUCGAGUAGUACUGUGGGACGUCAAUUGGACGCUGCAACUGGUGAUACGGAGGAGGUGAAGGGGCAGGAUGAAGGAGACCAUGCGAUGGUACAGGAGGAAGGGGCGCUCGACCAUUUGCAGGAUGAAGGGAAGCACGCAGUACAGGAUGGAGGGCAAUGCGUCCUGCAAGAUGGGGAGGCGCCUCACGUACGGGAGGAACCGGAGCAUAUUGUGCAGGAUGAGGUGAAGGUUACAGAACAAGCUGAGCAUGAGCCUGAGAUGUCGGAGAAAGGAGAACAUACAGCAAUGCACGACGAAGUGCUGCCCGCAGCACAAGAGGAGAAGGAGCUUGGAACACAAGAGAAGAAGGAGCUUGCAACACACAAGGAAAUGGAGCCUGAGGCACACGACGAAGCGGAGCCUGAUGCACAUGAUGAAGUAGAGCAUACCGCACAAGACGAAGUGGCACUUAAAGCACAAGAGGAGGUGGAGCUUGCGACGAAGAAUGCAGUGGAGAUUGCAGUACAAGAUGGUGUGGAGCCUGUAGUUGAAGACGUAGUGAUGCCUGAAGCACAGGGCCGAGUGGAACUUACGACAGAAGAGGCGAGUACUCCGAAGCACGAAGCAGAGCGGACGGUCUCGUCGCCAAAACGCCCUGUCGCUUUGAACCUCGUACAUCACGAUAUUGAUGACGAAGCAAGCGACAGCGAAGACGAGGCGGAAGAAGCUGCCAGCGAGGACGCUGAAGUAGAUGCUGACCUCGGCACUCCUCUUGGUUAUGCCAGUGCUGCUGGCUUUGGCGAAGGGCAAGACGAUUUUGCGUCGCAUCGCUUUCUGGGCCCUAGUGUGGCUUCUGAUCCAUCGUCAGCUCGUGCGCUACACAGUUUGCGUCGUGUAGCACUUCAUGACAAACCGCCUCGCUUUGCUAGCGAAGCACCCGUGGUUGUAACUAGCUCGGACAGUAUGACAAGCAGCGGCGAGUCUUCAGGUCGAAACUCGUCCAGUGCAAGUGCGGCCCACGCCUCGGAUGACAAGCUAGGACUGCGCUCGCAAUCCGUGGCGGACUCUGUGGAGCGCUCGUUCAACUCGUACACGCUGACGUUUACCGAAGCAGUGCUGGGUUUUGAGACGAAUGUCGUCAUGUCGUUGGAGAAGGAACUGUUGGUGGAGGUAUCGGGGGUGGAGAAGGACAGUCCAGCGCAUCGUGGUGGUGUCGUAGUCGGUGACUGUCUAGUCAGCGUAAACGGGCAGCACAUUGAGCCGCACACGACGAACGAGCAGGUGCUUGAGAUCAUACAAACGUCGUCUGUACCGCGGACGCUCGUAUUUCAGCGCGACGUGCACGACAAGGACGCAGUGCAGUCCAAGAGUCUUCCAGACACGAAGCACUCACCCGCGAAACCUUUGAUAGGGCGCCUGGGUGCAGCAAUGAGCCAAGGAGCAUCGAUCAUUGGAUCCAGGUGGAAGCGUAAGAAAACGCUGGUGCAUUCAGAUUCCUUCUGCGAUGGCUGCGGCAUGGACCCGAUCACAGGCGCGCUCUGGACGUGCAGUGUCUGUGCAAAUUACAACUUGUGCAGUGAGUGCUAUGACAUGGGUACACAUGGCAUGGAAAACUCGGAGCAAAUGCAGGCGCUGAGCGAGGCAACUGUACAGUACAAGCUACAGAAGAAGUGCAAGCAUUUCACGCCCGAGUUCCUACUGUCGCUUCGUCGCGAUAUUUGUAAGGGACGGCCGGACAAGUUUGAGUACUUGGGCGAGUGGAUUGCCGACAUCGUGAUGGGUACGUCUGCAGUAAAGAUCACAGUCCGUGGGAUCGAGAUACCGUCUCUUCCACCCGCUUCUCGCCAGCGGUUCGUGUCGCACCUCAUGCCGCUCGUAUCGAAUCGAACUGAUAUCGAGGUGCACAUUGAAUGGCUGCCUGACGAUUCGGAUCGAGUGAGCGUGGCUUGUCGUGCAAGCGUGGAUCGAAUGAGCGCCGGUGCAUUUGAUAGCGAUGAAGACGAAGGCGCGGACCAUUUUUUCGACAACUUGGAAAAGCUGCGCAUCUGGAUAUCGGACAAGAAGACACGCACGACGUCGCCGUUCGCGUGA